AUGCACCAAAGAAGGUGAAUAGCUGUACCUUUUGUAGGUAUGAAAAGGACUGUACCUUUGGCAUUACUAAUUAUUCGGAAUAUGAAGCAUUGCGCUGCUCAUUACUUUUUGAUAUAUGCCAUCCACACAGAUAGUCUAGUAGCAGAAAUAAAUCCGGAUGUUCCUGUAAGCAUCUUCACAAUUAAGAUGAAUUUUAAAGUAUAGUUAAACAGGUAUUCUAGGUGAGAGAUUGGAGGAAAACAUCUUUAAAAUUCCCCGAUGUCACUGAUGGAGUGAAGUGGGAACAUAAUAAGGCCCAGAUUAUGUGGAUAUGCAGAGGUUUCAAAUUGCACGUUCCGAAAGAAAAUGAUGAAAAUAAGACAAAGUAGGAGGGCCACAUACUGAGACUGUAUUUACAGAAGCAGGAUAGGCCCACGCCUCACUGACUGAGUUAUAAUUUUCAGCAUCAUUUAGCAGAAUGAGCAGAUGUCAAUUACUGUCAACUGGUUGCUGUGAACAAGUCUGUUUUUUUAGACCCCUAUAUUAUAAGUUCUAUAAACCUGUAAUCAAACCCUGCUAUGAAAACUCUACUGCAAGAAUGAGUCUCACAUAGGAGUCUGCCAUUACUUUUCACUUAUGAGUGCUGUAUUUAAAAAAAAAAAACAGUUCCAGAUGUAUAGAAAUGUAUUAUUUUUUGAGGAUUUCGACAUUUUGUGAAUGUAAUAUUAAUAUCUGAAAUGCUGCGCUUAAGUAAUUGAACAGUGGCACAAAAUUUUAUGUUUUGGCUCUUUACUCCAGAACCUCAAUACUCCUACUCCUACUCCUACCACUACUCCUACUACUACUACUACUAAUACUAAUAAUAAUAAUAAUAAUUAUAGAUCCACUAUGACUCUGACCAGGAUAAAACAGUUACUGAUGAUGAUAAUGAUGAAUAAUCUUCAUUCAUCAGUAAGUGCUUUAUCCUCAUCAGGGUCACAAGUGAAUCCGUAGCCAGGAACGCUGGGCUUGAGUUGGAAAUACACCCUGGAAUACACCCACAAACACUGACACACAGGGACAAUUGAGUAGCCAAUAGUAGCCAAUCCAGCUACUGGCAUGUGGAUUACUGGCAUUGUACAUGUCCCAUCCAGGGUGUAUUUAUGCCUAAUGUUCCUUUCUGUGCCUGGCCUUUCUGUUCUUCAGGCUUAGCAGUCUUCUUAUCUAUCUUACAAUCAAACAUUACUUAAAGAACAUCAUUGGUGCAUUCUUGCCUCUGAUAAAUGUACCAGUGAACAGAUUUUGUCACAUGAGACAUCAUGUGAUGCUUAAUCUCUGAUCUGUUAUUCUAAUAUUUCCAUCUCAUCAUGGUCUGCAUUACUGGCACUUCGUUGAUGCUUGUAAGUUGAGAGCAACAAAUGCAAAUGUCACAUCUAUAAUCAACUCUAAAGCUUUUGUUAGCUGUCUUGUGCUUGAACUAAUUUUGCAACAACUGACCUGCCAAGUGUCAGUCUAAAGGGGGAGACUAUGUAUUAAAAGGGAUGUGCUUUUAGUGUUGUUGCAAAUACCCUUAAAAUUAAAAUUUAAUUUAAUGUCAUAGUCAUCAUUUCCUUACAAUUUUAAUAUCAUAGACGCCUUUCGCUGUCCAAUUAAUUACAGAGUUCUCAAUAUGUGACUUUCUGAAUGUACAGAUUUUCCUUAACACUCUUACAUUAUUCAGUCUGUUCAUUAUGUGCACUAUUUUGACAAACUGUUGCUUCAUGGCCAUGUCGGAACCAGUGCAGUGGGCCAAGUAUGUCGAGUACACCUUCACGGGGAUCUACACGUUUGAGUCGUUGAUAAAAAUUUUGGCGAGAGGAUUCUGCAUCGGACCAUUCACCUUCCUGCGGGAUCCAUGGAACUGGCUGGAUUUCAGCGUGAUUGUCAUGGCAUAUGUUACUGAGUUUGUGGACCUGGGCAAUGUCUCAGCGUUACGGACGUUCAGAGUCCUACGAGCACUGAAAACUAUCUCAGUCAUACCAGGCUUGAAGACCAUUGUGGGUGCCCUGAUUCAGUCAGUAAAGAAGCUAGCAGAUGUCAUGAUCCUGACUGUGUUCUGUCUGAGUGUGUUCGCUCUCAUUGGCCUUCAGCUCUUCAUGGGUAACUUACGUCAGAAAUGCGUCCGCACUACAGCCAACUGCUUCAACACCACCGACACCUCUUUAUACAGCAACGUCUCCUUCUUCUGCAAUAACAAGACCUGGUCAUCACUAGAAGAAUUUAUCACGGACGAAGGCAACUAUUUCAAAGAGGAUGGAUCCAAGGAUGCCUUAAUAUGUGGAUUCGCAAGUGAUGCUGGGAAAUGUCCAGAUGGUUUUGAGUGUCUGAAGACAGGACGUAAUCCAAACUAUGGCUACACCAGUUUUGACACCUUUGGCUGGGCAUUUCUCUCCCUCUUCAGGCUCAUGACACAGGACUACUGGGAAAACCUAUACCACCAGACUCUACGGUCUGCGGGAAAGACCUACAUGGUGUUCUUUGUGGUGGUAAUAUUCCUGGGCUCCUUCUACCUGGUGAAUCUGAUCCUGGCAGUUGUAGCUAUGGCCUAUGAAGAGCAGAACCAAGCUACCCUUGCUGAGGCAAUGCAGAAAGAGAAAGAGUUUCAGCUCGCCAUGGAACAGCUAAAAAAAGAACAGCAAGCAGCUCACAAAUCUCAGGAGACUGAGUCAGUGUUGGCUCCCGACCUGUCUCCCUUGGCUCCUCAAGAAGACAAAGAGCACAAGAACAGGAAGAAAAGCCUGAGGCCACUUUCAGAGGAGAUGGAGAACGAUGGUGAUGAAAAGUCACCAAAGCAAGAUACUUUAGAGGGAACAAAGCAAUCUCAUGCUUUGGUGGUGCGAACUUUGUCCUCGUGGACCAAACGGGAAAGCCAGGCCAGUAUCUUCAACUUCCGGCUGCGAAACAAAGAAUCUGAAGCAGAUGCUGACGAUGAAUUUAGCAAUCAAGGCGAUCCAGAUAGUCGUCCUGGCUCUCUUGUUCUGCCCUGGCAAAGGAGACGGAUUAGCGCACAGAGCACGAGCAGUCAUGGCUCUCAGGUCUUCUACCCCAGCCUCAAUAUCAACGGAAAGGUGUUUGUUGCUAUAGAUCAGAACGGCAUCUCGAGUCCAGGACCGCUGACCCCUCUGCCAUUACCAGCAUGCACCAUGGAGAAGGUCAAAGAAGAAAGUGGAUCAAACGAGCUGAGCAGUACGCUCCUCCCGCAGCUCUCCCUGGAGGGCCGCGACAGGGCGCUAAGUGCUGCUAGCUACCUCACUGACGCCAUGGAGGAGUUGGAGGAAGCCCAUCAGAAAUGUCAUCCUUGCUGGUACGCUUUUGCCCACAAGUACCUGGUGUGGACGUGCUGCCCUGGCUGGCUCAAACUCAAAGAGUGGGUCAAGAUCAUGGUGAUGGAUCCCUUUCUGGACCUGGCGAUCACCAUCUGCAUCGUGCUCAACACACUCUUCAUGGCUUUGGAGCAUUACCCCAUGACAGACGACUUCAACAGGAUGCUUUCCGUGGGCAAUCUGGUCUUCACAGGAAUCUUCACAGCCGAGAUGGUCCUGAAGAUCAUUGCACUGGACCCAUACUACUACUUCCAACAGGGCUGGAACAUCUUUGACAGCUUCAUCGUUUGUCUCAGCUUGAUGGAGCUCGGGCUUUCUAAUGUAGAAGGCCUGUCUGUCCUGCGCUCCUUCAGACUGUUGCGAGUCUUCAAGCUGGCUAAGUCGUGGCCCACCCUGAACACCCUGAUAAAGAUCAUAGGCAACUCUGUGGGUGCCUUAGGAAACCUCACUCUGGUUUUGGCCAUCAUCGUCUUCAUCUUCGCCGUGGUGGGCAUGCAGCUGUUUGGGAAGAACUACGAGCUGUGUGUAUGCAAGCUCUCCAAGGAUUGUAAAUUGCCACGAUGGCACAUGAAAGACUUCUUCCACUCCUUUCUAAUUGUGUUCCGGGUCCUGUGUGGUGAAUGGAUCGAGACCAUGUGGGAUUGUAUGGAGGUUGCUGGACAGCCUCUUUGCAUCCUGGUCUUCAUGCUAGUCAUGGUGAUUGGGAAUCUGGUGGUUCUGAAUCUCUUCCUGGCUCUGCUGCUCAGCUCUUUCAGUGCGGACAACCUGUCAGCGCCGGACGAUGACGGUGAGCUGAACAACCUGCAAAUUGCAAUAGGUCGCAUCCAAAGAGGGAUCCUGUGGCUGCGCCGGGCCCUGUGUGAUUUCUUCAAUGGCAACUUCAAGCGGAGAAGGCAGAAGGCCAAAGAGGCAAAGGCUAUGCUGAAGCUGAAGAGGCUCAGCCAGCAGGCCCAGAGGGCCGAGGGCAACGGCACAGCAGGGGUCAUUGGCCGCACUGGAGAUAAGUGCGCCUCUCCAGAUGACAGCUACAUGACCAACCCCAACCUGACCAUCAGCGUGCCUAUUGCGCCUGGAGAGUCGGAUGUAGAGUUUCCAGAGGAGGAGGAGGACGAUGAUGAGGAAGCGAGUGAGAGCUCUGAUGAAGAGGAGGAAGCAGAAACCAAACCGAGUGACGACAUCAGCCUAUCCGAGGGCAGCACAAUUGACCUCCGAAAGCCUGGAGAGGAGGAAGAUGAAUACUCCGAGAUGGCAGAGGAGGACAUGGACCCUGAAAAUUGUCUCCCUGAUGUGUGCAUCCGUCAUUUCCAGUGCUGUGAUAUCGACACUAGUGCAGGUCUGGGCAAGGUGUGGUGGCGGCUCAGGAAGACCAGCUAUCAGAUAGUGGAGCACAGCUGGUUUGAAUCAUUCAUCAUCUUCAUGAUCCUGUUGAGCAGCGGCGCUCUGGCAUUUGAAGACAUUUACAUUGAACAGAGAAAAGUGACCAAGACUGUGCUCGAGUUUGCAGACAAGAUCUUCACCUACAUCUUCAUCCUGGAAAUGAUACUGAAAUGGCUCGCAUAUGGCUUUAAGAAGUACUUCACCAACUACUGGUGCUGGCUUGACUUUCUAAUCGUUGAUAUUUCAGUGAUUGGCCUGUUGGCGAGUACCUUCAAUUAUGAUCAAAUUGGCACCUUGCGUGUUCUAAGGACCCUUCGGGCAUUGAGGCCGCUACGGGCCGUAUCUCGCUUUGCUGGCAUGAGGGUGUCUUUAAUAAGCCUCGUAGCCAACACACUAGGCUACUCUGACUUGGCUGCCAUCAAAUCACUUAGGACCCUCAGGGCUCUCAGGCCACUAAGAGCUCUAUCCAGAUUUGAAGGCAUGAGGGUGGUGGUGAACGCGCUGAUUGGGGCCAUCCCCUCCAUCAUGAACGUCCUGCUGGUGUGUCUCAUCUUCUGGCUCAUCUUCAGCAUCAUGGGCGUGAACCUGUUUGCUGGAAAAUUUGGCCGCUGCAUCAGCCAAUCAGGCUUCAUUUACAACGUCUCACACAUUAACAACAAGACCGAGUGCCUGGCUAUGAACGAUACCCAGUACUACUGGACAAAAGUAAAAGUCAACUUUGAUAACGUGGGUGCUGGCUACCUUGCACUGCUUCAAGUGGCUACUUUUAAAGGCUGGAUGGACAUCAUGUAUGCAGCAGUGGAUUCACGAGCUGUGGAGCAGCAGCCAAUUAAGGAGCACAACUUAUAUAUGUACCUGUAUUUUGUGAUUUUCAUCAUCUUUGGAUCAUUCUUCACCCUAAAUCUGUUCAUCGGUGUGAUCAUUGACAACUUCAACCAACAGAAACGAAAGUUAGGUGGACAGGACAUCUUCAUGACUGAAGAGCAGAAAAAAUAUUAUAAUGCUAUGAAAAAGCUUGGAUCAAAAAAACCUCAGAAACCUAUUCCUAGGCCUUUGAACCCAAUCCAAGGAUUCUUCUUUGACUUGGUGUCAAAACAAGCCUUCGACAUCAUUAUAAUGCUGCUCAUCCUCCUGAACAUGUUGACCAUGAUGGUGGAGACAGAUGAGCAGUCCCCUUACAUGGAGACCAUCCUGUAUAAUAUCAACCUGGCCUUCAUUGUCAUCUUCACCACCGAGUGCAUCACUAAGAUCAUCGCUCUCCGCUGCUAUUUCUUCACCAUCAGCUGGAACAUCUUUGACUUUGUGGUAGUCAUUCUCUCCAUUGUGGGCAUUGUUCUUGCAGAUAUAAUUGAGAAAUACUUCGUUUCGCCGACGCUUUUCCGAGUGAUCCGACUGGCCCGAAUAGGACGUAUCCUUCGCCUUAUUCGAGGAGCCAAAGGAAUCAGAACGUUACUAUUUGCUUUAAUGAUGUCCUUACCUGCAUUGUUCAAUAUAGGUCUCCUGCUCUUCUUAGUCAUGUUCAUCUAUGCCAUCUUUGGAAUGGCAAACUUUGCCUAUGUGAAGAAACAAGGUGGAAUUGAUGACAUGUUCAACUUUGAGACAUUUGGCAACAGCAUGAUUUGCCUUUUCCAGAUAACGACAUCAGCUGGCUGGGACAGCCUGCUCAGUCCCAUUUUGAAUAACUCCCCUGAAGAGUGUGACCCCAAUGUGCCAAACAUAGGCACCACUGUCCGGGGCAACUGUGGGAACCCUUCAGUAGGCAUUACCUUCUUUGUUACUUACAUUAUCAUUUCUUUUCUCAUUGUGGUGAACAUGUACAUUGCCAUUAUCCUGGAGAACUUCAGUGUGGCCACAGAGGAGAGCACUGAGCCACUGAGCGAGGAUGACUUUGAGAUGUUCUACGAGGUUUGGGAGAAGUUCGAUCCCGAGGCCACGCAGUUCAUUGAGUACGCUAAGCUUUCGGAUUUCGCAGAUUCACUGUCCGAGCCGCUGCGUAUUGCCAAGCCUAAUAAAAUUAAGCUGAUUUCUAUGGACUUGCCCAUGGUGAGCGGUGACAAGAUUCACUGCCUGGACAUCCUGUUUGCCUUUACCAAGCGUGUGCUGGGUGAAUCGGACGAAAUGGAUGCUCUCAAGCAACAAAUGGAGGAGAAGUUUAUGAUGGCAAAUCCAUCCAAAAUCUCCUACGAGCCCAUCACUACAACUUUACGACGUAAGCAAGAGGAGGUAUCAUCCAUUGUUAUACAGAGGGCCUACAGAAGGCAUUUACUCCGGAGACAGUUGAGGCAAGCCUCGUUCAUAUAUCGACAGAUCAAUGUAGAGGGAGCUGCCAGCAGUGAGGAUGACAGCCCACCAGAGAAGGAAGGACUCAUAGCCUUCAUGUUGAAGGAGAAUUAUGGACCUGAGACAGAGGCCCUGUCCUCGACCUCCUCACCGCCGUCUUAUGACAGUGUGACAAGAGCCACUAGUGAGCUUUUCCAAGCUCUAAUACCUGAGCCCAGGAACAGUGACCUGAGCAAACCUGACCCUGACAAAGACCGUGAAACAUUUCUAUAACAUUAAGUAUAAAAUGCUCUCUCACACAUUAAUCUUCUUGUUACUUUGUUUUUUGUUUACAGAAUGUAACAUAGCUCAAACAGCACUCAAAACUCUUGAUACAUGUGACUGUGCAUCAAGAUUUCAAGGUUUUUGUAGGACAAGUUGAUGUUUUUAAUUCUCCUGUGUUUCACAUUUUGUUUGAAUAUACAGGGGCGAAGUGUAGACAGCUCACAUUAACUUUGCUUCAGUUUAUAUGCAUGAGUGAGAUUCUGCAGCAGUUAACUGCAGUUAUAUCACAGAUGUACUAAUCAUAUAUUAGAUUGAAAGAAAUACAGUUUAUCAACAUUUACAAAGUAUGCCUGACCAUCUGAGUUUAUUAAAAGGUCUUACUUAAAUUGGUGUGAUUUCCUUCUGACAAUAGAUUUCACACUAUGUAGAAAAUGCAAGACGUUAGAGAUAUAGUCUUGUUAAUGUUACCAAUUGCUCAUAUUACAAAAAAAAACAUUUUGGAUACAAUUAAGUAUGAAAAUUACUUCUGUCCAGUCCAGGUUGUGUCACUAGCGAUGAGAGGGGGAGCAAGAAGAUAAGUGGGAAUAUUUGCCAGUACUUUGUUUUUGUUUGUUAGGUUUUUUUUUUUUUUUUUUUUGCUUUUUUUCUCUCCACUUUUUGCAUAUAUUUCUAUAAGCCAGUCUCUCACAAAUAGCCUGGUCUGGUUACAGGAUGCUAUAAUCAGGACUAGUAAAAGACAAUCAAACAUGACUCAGCAACAGUCUCUUGUGUACAACAUCCAUCUCCAUCCACUGCUACCAAAAGACUGCACAGGCUUUCAUUCAAAGUAUCAAACGUACUGCACAUGUAAACAUUUUUGUGUAUUUAUUUUAAUUGUGAGUAUUUAUUUGCAUGUUGGAAAAUGCAUCACUUAGAGAUGUAAUGGCCAUUUUUAUUUGUAAGGCUGAAAAGGAAUUCUUAUUUUGCACAUACUGAGUUCAGCAAUAAUUUGCUACCUUUCGAUAAAAGUUGAAUAUUGAUUUUAGAUGUAUAUUUAAAUCCAAAAAAAAAAAAAUUGUCAUUUAUACUAUGUCAACCUUAUGUCUAAGGGGAAUCUCUUGCUGGCUCCAUGGCAUAUUCUUUACUGCAGAACAUUUGUUUUGUAUCUCAGAUUCACAUUAAGAGAUUAAUCCACUUGUUUUUCAAGUCAGGUUAGCAAGUUUGUUGAAGGGCUGUUUUUGUAGCAAUAGACCCCAAGUGUGCCUGGUAGAACUUAAAUCCUGUUUUAUUCCUCUUCACCAGUGCAAAAGACUCACCGUUAAAAGGCAUGGUGAGGCUGUUUCAUGCCUGAGGAUUACGUCAAUAACCAUUUACGUUUAAUGUAAUCCUAUCAUCUAGCUGAACUUAUUGUAGUCUUCAAUCCAUUUGAGUCCAUUUGAGCACAAGACAUCACUUUCAUCAAUUCCAAUGUAUAAUACAAGCAACCCUCAUUAAUAACAAAAGAGCAUGGAAAACAAAAGUGGCACAGAUUCCCACUGUUAACUGAUUUAUACAUAGAUGUUAUAAAAAUGUAUUUAGAUGUUCGCUAUCAUACAAGGAACAUUAUUAGAAUAAACACAGCUACAGCUCUGCAUGUAUAAGAGUUGCAAAUUUGUUUCGAAGAAAAGAAAAAUAAGAAUAUGUUUUAAAGGAAAUACAAAGGGCUUUUACCUAAAAUCACUCCAACUGAAUGAGUGAAAUACAAGACAUCUGGAAGGUUUGCAAUGUCUUACAAGGAUGACCGAACAAUUGCUUUACCAACAUGACUGUGCAGCAUAUUUGCUGGGAAAAUGUAUAUUUUGUGAGCCUCGAAAACAAAUCUGUCAGAUACACAGAAGCAACGGAAUAUCCUGUUUCUCUCAGCAAUCUAAGGAGAUGCAUAUGGGGAUUGCUUGCAUUGUAUAACGUUUUAAAUAAUAUUAUAUUUACAAAUGGUACCCAGUACAGUUGAAUAAAUGUUACACAAGAAACAUUGUUUUCACUUCCUGGAAUGAAUAAGUAUAUAACUUCUUUAGAUUCAAUCAUGUGUGGGAUGAGGUUAAUGUAGGAGCUGAUGUCCUGUUCUCAGAUCUCUACCAGGGCAGACGUGAUAAUCACUUAUCUUCACUUUGAACAUACACAAAUACAAAAGAUAGUAACUGGAAUUCUUGUGGAAAAACUCCCUUUGGUUAUUUUUUGCACAGGAGAGGAGCCAUAUACUACCCAGAAGGAAGCUGUGUGUAUAAGCCUGUAUAAUGUGUGUCAAACGGCUGAGAACCUACAAGAUAGUAUGGGCAUAAGUUGGUGUGUAUAUCCAUAUAACUUCAGCAAAGUGCUACUCCUUGCUGGAUUUAAUAACUCCAGGUGGGUUCUGUGUGAUGGAGGCAGACCAGAUCGGUUUGACGUUUAGAGGAGGGGAUCCCAGGCCUCCUUCUGUUGAGCACUUAGCAUCACUCUCAAGCUGCUCACAUUUGGUUUUACAAAACCAAAGAGUCAAGUCCAGUUACUUCAGCAAGAAGACGAGGGAAGGACGACCUGAACCAACUAUGCUUGGAGGCGUAACUCUUAUUUUUAUAAUAAUUAGGCACAGUGAAAUAGAGAAAGGAAAACGGACAAUAUAGCAGUACUCGACUGAACUGCAAAAUACUUCAAGAUAAAAACUACCUUUAUCCUACCUUUAUACUCAUACUGACAAAGACAGCUUAAGCAAAACAUACUUCAUUUUUCAAUUUUGGAUUUAAAUUGUUGGAAGUCUCUGAAAUUUCUGUUCAUAACCUUCAUACUAAUUGAUAAAACAUUUACAGUAUGCACUGCAGGUUACAAUAGAGUGUUCACUGAAAUGCAACAGCUAUAGUAUGAAUUUAUUAAGUGGGAUGGCAUUUAUAACAUAAUUUUUUUUUCUUGCAGAAACAUAUGGAUGUUGUACCCCCCUCACGCCCCCCCCGCUUGC